ACCACAACCACUCCUACCCUUUCGUUUUCGUUGCCUUCGGCCGCGAACACCAUCUCAACGUCAGCUCCGGUUCAGACAAUCGGCACAACAACUGGUUUCGGAGGAUUAAGUCAACCCAUUGUUAGUACCGGAGUAUCGGCCGCACCAUCCUUUGGGUUCGGCGCUCCCGGUGUGACCUCUGCUGCAGCCGCGCCAUCUUUUUCAUUUCCUUCGGCCACAACCACAGCCACUGUUCAGCCGAUGCCUACACUGACUGCGCCGGCCGUCGCUUCCACAGCGAGCGCAUUGUCUUCAGCGCCGACUUUCAACUUCACUCAAUCGACACCAAUGCCCACAUCAGCGCCCGCUUUCGGUUUGGCCACCCCUUCGACCACAACCGCUCCCACCACUACAUCUGUCGCAUCAUUUGGUCUUAACUUAAGCGCUCCUACAAUGACGACCAGCGCUACUCUCGGAGCGACACAACCGCUAACAACUGCCGCCACAACUCUUGCCCUAAAGACCACUACAUUCUCAGUACAACCGACGACUACAGUAACGACAGCGCAAUCUAUAGCUACAGUCACACCAAACCGAAUGACUUUCCGUCAACUCGAGGAUCAAAUCAAUUUAUGGCUCAACGAAUUGAACCAAUUGGAGGCCGAGUUUCAUAUUCAGGCCCAGACUAUCAAUUCCUGGGAUUCAUUGCUUAUCAAU